UCCACCUAGACAUUCCUGCAACUGACGAAACAAUGUAUCUAGCUUGCUGUGCAGCGAAUGAAAAAAAUGACGUAUAUGGCUGUUUUUUUGGCUAUACAGUGCAGUUGUGUCCAUAGUUCGCCUCAUCAGUUUGCUUUCGAGAAACCAAUCUUAAUACUUGUAGGCUAAUUGGUCAAGCUUCAGUAACCUGGUCACAUAAUAACAUCAAAAACAGACAAGCGUCUUGUAUUUGAAUGAAAUUUAGCGGUUAUGCCAGCACCCUAGGUUUGUCUCGACAUUGGUUAACAUUAGCACACCAACGUUAUGAUUUGUUUCUUCGUGAAACGUAUUCGAGCGAAUGCAUGGCGAAAAGGUGACACUAUUGUUUGUCUUAAGAUGAAAAUAUGCCACUGAGCAUGAAGGGUUGCCGCUUUUAGAACCAGGGGUUUUGCCUGUAAAGAAGGACACAACCUGCACUAGUGGAACAUCUUGUUCCUAACAUUAAUUACACAUGGUGUUGGUGUACCAAAAAUAAAACAGGUGGCUUUGACACCACAGUGCACUUGGACAGUCACACUUUAGGUUGCUCUGCUGGUGGCCUGGUCCUCACUCUCCCCCAUCAGGGACAACUUUCAUGAUCCACGGUCCACCUCUCUCAUCUUCAAAACUGAAUCCAUACGUGCGCAGCGGCAGGAUGUCGGAGGCCUGGCAGCAGCACGCUGUAGUGCCUCCCCCAGUGGUGCACACUCUCCCCCACGGGGCAGAGAACCCGCUGGGGAGCGCCGUCUACGGGAUAGUCCUGCAGCCAGACCCUACCCUGGCACCGCCUCCGCACAGCCAACACUCCCAGCCACACCCGGUGCCAGCCCAGCAGCCCUCCCUGCAGGUGGGCAGCGAGGGCAGCCACAAGUGUGGCGCCUGCGGGCACGACAUCUCGCACCUGGCCAACCCGCACGAGCACCAGUGCAUGGUGAAUCAGGAUCGCUCCUUCCAGUGCACCCAGUGCAUGAAGAUCUUCCAGCAGGCUACCGAUCUCCUGGAGCACCAGUGUGUUCAGGUGGAGCAGAAGCCGUUUGUGUGUGGCGUGUGCAAGAUGGGGUUCUCGCUGCUCACCUCGCUGGCGCAGCACCACACGGAACACACCGGGAGCAACCCCAUGAAGUGCUCCAUCUGUGAGAAGACGUACCGCCCAGGCUCCUCAGGGAACCCCGGUUCCUCGUCCUCCGCCAACACCGGUGAAGGAUCGUCCACCUCCACAUAUGACGGCUCCACUCCUCACCGACCUUACAAAUGCUCCGUGUGCCACAAGAGCUUCCGUCACCUGUCUGAACUUUCACGCCAUGAGCGCGUGCACACGGGCGAGAAGCCCUUCAAGUGCACCAUUUGCGACAAGAGCUUCAGCCAGGCCUCCCACCUGCAGCACCACCAGCGCACGCACAGCUCCGAGCGGCCCUACAAGUGUGCCGUGUGCGAGAAGACCUUCAAGCACCGCUCCCACCUGGUGCGUCACAUGUAUUCCCACUCCGGUGAGCACCUGUUCAAGUGCAACCUGUGCGAGAUGCACUUCAAGGAGUCGUCCGAGCUGCUGCACCACCAAUGCCAGCCUGCCGGGGACCGCCCGUUCCGCUGCAGCUCGUGUGACAAGGGCUUCAAGCGCCAGUCUGAUCUGCGCCAGCACGAGCGCACCCACUCGGAGGACCGGCCGUUUCAGUGUGAGGAGUGUCAGAUGAGCUUCAAGCAGCAGUACGCCCUGGUCCGUCACCGCCGCACGCACAAGAACCCCGCCGACCGGCCGUUCAAGUGCAACCUCUGCGACAAGGGCUUCCUGCAGCCGUCCCACCUGCUCUACCACCAGCACGUGCACGGCAUCGAGAGCCUGUUCAAGUGCGCCGCCUGUCAGAAGGGCUUCAGCCAGUCGGGCGAGUUGCUGAAGCACAAGUGUGGCGCGGCUGCCUCGUCGUCUGAGAAGCCCUACAAGUGCGACGUGUGCGGCAAAGGCUACAAGAAGUCCUCGACGCUGCAGCGCCACCAGAACAACGCGCACUGCACGGAGAAGCCGCUCAAGUGCUCGCUCUGCGAUCGCCGCUUCGUGUCGUCCUCGGAGUUCGUGCAGCACCACUGCGACCCGGCCCGCGAAAAGCCGCUCAAGUGCUCCGACUGCGAGAAGCGCUUCAAGUACUCCUCGGAGAUGCAGCGUCACAGGCGGGUCCACACAGGCGAGAAGCCCUUCAAAUGCCCGACCUGCGACAAGGGCUUCAAGCAGCGUGAGCACCUGGCCAAGCACGGCAGCGUCCACUCCAGAGAGGCCCAGUUCAAAUGCGUGUGGUGUGGUGAGCGCUUCGGAGACCUGUGCGCACUCCAGGAGCACACUGUCCAGCACACUGCGGAAGGUGGGGGCUACCCUGUGGCCCCCUGCAUACAGUAACGGCUGCAUACACUGGUCUUCGAAUAAAUGAACCCAUAAACUUACGUAGCACCUUUACUUCCUUGAUAGUUAGAAUUACAGUGUUACAUCGGCCAUGUAUUCACACACUGCCUCAUUAUACGAUAUUCUUGUCUUAUGCACUUCUAACAGGCCAACUUUUAUGCCUGCCUCCUCCUUUUUGGUUGUUUCUUCACAAAGGAAAUAUCUUAAGCACAAACUGUAAGACUUUGUUGGAAUUGCAGAAAAUCAUUUCUCAUACUGUGCUGUCAGUGUGACAGCCAUACUAUCUAAUCUCCUGUGACAUGUGCAGUACUUCUUGGCCUCUUAUCCAAAUUCUGAAGGUUGAACAUAUGGGCACAGGAAUCUUCAAGUGCCAUGAACACAGAAAGCACUUAUGUAUUUUAUCGUAUUCAUCAUAUAUUGUUGACUUAUUUUUUACCUGUGAACAAUGACAUCAGUGUCCUUUCAUUGUGAUACAAGUGAAGAUGCGUUUAUUUCAUGUAACCUAUCCAGUGCUAUGAUGCUAUCCCCAAAACCAAUGGAUAUCUUUGCACGAAUGUACAAUACAUGUAUGAAGAGGUGUCCUCACCUGAUCAUUGAUACUAGUCUAAAGGCAAAAGACAUUCAUCCAAAAAUGCCUGUAAAUUGUUCAUGUUGCUUAAGGAAGUGCUUAAAUGUAUUCCAUCACCAAGUAUUGUUAAAUAUGAUACUUAGUACUGACUCACUUAGUACUGACUCAGCAGUUUGUCCCUUCAACAGUUUUUGCUGUUUCACUUAUUGGACCACAUAUAGGUAUGUUUGACACCUUGUACCUGUUGAAUUUUGAGAAGGGAUUAUUUGUGGCAAAUUUGAAGCCACUUGGACAAACCAA